CAGUGAGCGUUCUUUGCGUUUGAGUGGUCUUCUUGGAAUCAAUUAAGGAAAUUCCGACGUGGAGAUUCCUUAAAGGUACCGUGCAAGGGCGUGUGUCUGUGCAAAAGUUGUCCUGUCCUUGAGCAGAACGCCUUCGAACGGGGAUUAGGUCAAUUCCUAUAGGUUGUCUGAUGUAAGAUGACGGAAUGUAAUGAUAUUACGAGACCACCAUCGCGGAUGUCAGAGAGAUGUGAGAGGACUCUUUGAUGUGGAGACCAAAUGAACGACCUGAUAUCGAUAUGAGAGCAGCCCUCUAGCGAUCUGUCACACAUUGAGCAACGCCAGACUGGAAGACCGCCAGCUGCAGUCGACACCGCGUUCUAGAGCCUUUUGAACGAUUUUAGUCCGGCUCAAUAUAUCCAUGUAGUUAGGGAAGAGUUCUGUGUCAUCAACGGCAGCAACCGAAUAACAACAUGUGGAGAUUUGAUGUGAUCAUCCUUGCGAUUUGCUCUCUGGCUAUGAUGGCAUUGGGAAACAUGACUACCACUACUGCACCACCGCCUGUAAUUACUACUACACGGACAGUGCCGGUACAAGUGACAAAGGAGUUGCCACUACUUCUUGCCAAGCUCAUACCAACACUCGCCGCUGCACCAGUGAAUGGUGACGGCAACGAUGAUGAUGAAAAGAUUUCCCUCCGGGGAAGUCGUCUUAGAGCUGUCACCAUACUGGAGGAUCCUUAUGUAAUGAGGAAGGUGUCAGAUGCAGGAGAGACAUACAGCGGGUUUGUCAUCGACAUCUUAAAGGAACUUGCUGGUACACUUGGCUUCAGCUACGACUUAUAUCUGGUCCCGGACGGGACGUAUGGAGCUCCCAAAGGAAACAACACAUGGAGCGGUCUGAUUGGUCAGGUUAUACAGAAGCAAGCAGAUGUAGCAGUUGCCCCGGUCACAAUAAGUUCUACCCGUGAGCAGGUAGUUGAUUUCACCAACCCAUUCAUGGACUUGGGAGCCGGGCUUCUCAUCAGAAAGCCUGAACCAGAAGGAACAUCUUUGUUCGCCUUCCUGCUACCGUUCAACAGUAGGGUGUGGUUCUCCAUUCUAGGAGCUUUGUUCGGGACGGCCAUCUUGCUUUACGUAACCAGUCGCAUCAGGUACAGGUGCAACGUCGGCGACCAGUCGUACGACAAUGACGCCAAGUUCAACUUCAAGAAUAGCCUGUGGCUGACAUAUUGGUCAAUAGUUAGAAAAGGAGGAGAGCCUGCGCCCCGCUCCCUCCCCUCCCGUAUCCUGGCCGGUGCCUGGUGGUUCUUCACCCUGAUCGUCAUCUCCACCUACACGGCCAACCUCACAGCCUUCCUCACCGUCAAGCGGCUCGUCGCACCCAUCAAAUCCAUCGACGAUCUGGCGGGACAAAGUGCGAUCCCUUACAGUGUCACAUAUGGGACCUUCUUGUACAGCUUCUUUGAGAGCCAAGUUGGUACGGGGUCCGUGUACGAGCGCAUGUGGUACACCAUGAAGGCCAACAACAGAUUCCCCGGCAGCAGCAUGGCUGGGGUGGACAUGGUGCGGAACGAAGAGUUCGUGCUGAUUGAGGAGACGCCCUUCCUGGAGUACGCCGUGAGGACUGAUAAGAACUGUGGACUGAUGCUUCUGGGAAAACCUUUCCUCUUCAAGGGAUACGGCUUCGCUACGGGGAGAGGCAGUCCGCUGAAGAAACCACUAUCUGUUGGCAUACUCAAACUACAAGAGAGCGGGCGUAUGAGUGAGUUACGAGAUCGCUGGUGGCCGAAAGAUGGCUGUCCACUGGAUGGCCAGUCAUCUAACGUCAAAUCGGCAUCAGCGUUAGGCCUGGAUAUAUUCCUGGGCGUGUUUUACCUGCUGGCCGGGGCGGCUGUCAUGGCGAUCAUCAUCACUGCUGUACAGGUCAUCUACACCAGAUACUGCAAGGGUGAAGACAAGAUGCAGUCCUUGAAAGAACGCCGAGCCAGCUUCAUCAAUAAUAGACAACGACGAGAGUCUAUCAACCCAAACCUGCACUGACCUUUGACCUCAAGUGCAUCAUUAAACGCCCCCUUAAAAAGAGAAGAUACCGUCCUCAAGAAAAGUAAUACCAGAGGGGAGAUGAAGAAGAUACCCUAUCCGCUGAACAAAGGAUAACAGCAAGGUUUCUUUUUGAGUGAUGUGCAGCAGAACUGUGAGUCUAUAUAAAGGAUACACGUAAUAAAAAGUCCAUAUUUGUAUUGUAUUGUAAUGCUUAUUACGCCCGACACUGGACGACAUAUGUGAGUUACACUGUAUAGGUGCUGGAGGAAUGUAGUAGCAAGAGUUCGGUUAGAGGCUAGAAGCAGAGACAGCUAGCGAUUUUAUUUAUCAGUGCAGUUGCUACCCAACCUAGCGAGCACAGACCUUCGUCUGUACAAUGUACCUUCUACAUGUACCACUUCGGCUGUUCAGAGGUUUACAACGCGAACGGAAUACAAAUACCUGUAUAUAUACAUAUAUAUAUAUACAUAGUUAUUUACAUAUAUUGAAAAUCCUUAAAGUUUUUCGAGUGUAAGACAAAUGGAGAGGACAUAUUGUACUUUCUCUUUAGUCUGUAUUUGGUGGUAAAAUAGUGAUAUAAAAAUAACAAGAUACGUUACAAAUAUCUGUUGUCUCUUGAUAACAAUGACAGUAAGAUAUGUAAAUGUGAUUUUGUUUAGUAGUUUAUAGUAAGAAGUAAUUGCCAUCUAGUAUGAAUAUUGUGGUUGUUCUAUACGGAAACUGUUUUCGACCCAGCUUUUAGACUACCCCUCUCUAUAUGUAUGUAGUACAUUGUGUAUUUACUGUACAAUAUGCAUUUUUGAAUUCGAAUGGACGGGUGAAUUGCAAUUAAACUUUUGAGCACUU